GUGAAUGUUCUCCAUUGGUUCUCUGCAUCCCGGCAGUUUUUGGUCCACCGCCGUGCGUCAUAUGAGACAGAAUUUUUUGUGAAAUUUUCAACAAUUAUUAGAUCGAUGAUAUGACCCAUGUAGAAUAGCGAAAGGCCUUACAACUUUUUCUUUUUGUGUUUUGAAUAGGUUUGUUUCUUCAAAAAAUUAUUAGUUUUGGAUAUGAUCUUCAAGCCGUACGAAAAAGAUUUUGGUGCACCAGUUCACUAGCUUCUAGUAGUGGAAGAUCCUCCUUGCGCUACACCUCCCUGUAGAUGCGUAUAAAGGAUACAGAAGAAUAAACUGAAACGAGCCACAGCCUGAUCAUCCCAGCGAAGUAAAAUCGAAGCGAUGCAUCGGCUGAGAACUGCAUCAAGCGAAAACUGUACUAUGCGGCAGUCUUGGUCCUCUGCCAGACCCUCAUGCGGCGGGGGCAGGAGUUCAUCUUGCCUUGGCGUUGGCAUGAAGCUUUUUGUCUCGAGUUUCAUCUGUUUCGGCUCUGGAAUACAGACGUCGCUGGCUACAUUGAAUGUUGAGGAUGUUGAACCCGAACGACGAGGGGAUGGGUCGACAACGGAGAUGAAUGGUACGCCUGCUUCGCGGAGGUCCGACUCCGGUCAUUCGAAUUACAGCGAAGCGCGGGGGGUCGACGAGCAUGUACAGGUGGAGGAUGGUGGUCCGUCUCCAGCGCGGCAUGAUCUUUCGCACAGAACUUCUUCUACUUCCUCUGCCGCAAGUAGAACAGCGCCUGGACGACCACGAGAGGGUCGUGAAGAAAAUUCUUCCUCCCCGCGAGAAGUUGUCGCCCCGGCAGAUGAGCCAGAAUCUCUUUCUGGCACGACCAAAGGAGUAGACGGCGUUAUUUUUCAACAACAUCAAAUUAGCCACGCUACUUCAACAUCCUCUCAGCACGUGGUUCGUAACGAAAACGAGUGGGCGGCUCAUGCCAGAACAAGCACGCAAGGUGGAUCGUGGGCGCGCACUAGACCGAGGAGCGACCACUUCGAAACGAGUCAAGAAUCCUCGCCACAGGCCCGACACAUAGUCGGACGCACGAGCGGCGGUGUCGAUUUUCAUAGUAGCGUUGUCUUCGGACAGCGGCAGAUGGGGAAGGCCGCACAGCGCGAGGAGCGCUGGACCCAGGCAAGGGAUCACGAUCGUCCGCAUCAACAUGCUGGACCGCGAUUGCACGGCGGGCGAUCCUCCGCGACGUCCAACAACAAAGCUGCCACGGAUCAUUUUAAUUGGAAACUGCAAGACCUUUCCCAGCUCGGUGAAUUCACGGGCCGAAUCGUGACAUAUUCGAGCAGCCACAAGUUGGGAAAGGUCCUUCCCCUCCGCUCCUUGCUCGGGUUCGCGUACAUUACGCCCGACACCCUGCUUCCCCUGCAGGGCCUGCCAGGCAUCAAGUACCACCCGGACGACGAUGUCAACGCGGUUAUAUCAAAAGGAAAAAUCCCCCCUCCCCACAUCAAAAGGAAGUCUCUGAUGCUGGAUUUGCGUACAUCACAGAUCAGCUUUGUAUUGCAGAGAGGCACUUCGGGCAGAUCUCCAGGCUAGUUAGGGGCGUACGUGUCUAGUUGUUCAGCAUGGCAAGCGGGUCACUUUUAGGGCCAACAGCAUGACAAAUCGCUUCCAUAGUGGGGCGGAAGCUUCUGCCCUUGUCUUCUUGCAAUACAAAUGUGAUUUGCGACCUCAAAUCAGCAACGCAAAUUUUCGGAAGCAUACCUUUUCGAUAUGGGGAGGGGGGAUUUUUACUCAGGAUAGGUUAGUGAAAAUAUUCACACCUACGUCGCGCGGGAGAUCAGCGACUUGGCAUAUCAAAUGUAAAAAUGUCUGGGUCUGGAAGAUUAGAACUUGUCAUGCUAAAUCCGAAUGAUGCAAAAAUCUGUGUUGCGUGAGUGCCAAAAGCUGCCCGCUUUUGCCCAAGUUGAGAGGGAGUUUCUCAUGCAGGAAAGGCAUGAUGGAGACCUCAAAGAAUCUGUCAUGCUGGGUCUCGCAUUGCAGACCUCAUGGGUCAUGGAAAACCUGCAUCACAAAUCUUGCAUUCUUCCAGACCCAGACAUUUUUACAUUUGAUAUGGCACAGGACGACACCAACACGUGCUGGACCUCCACCGGAGCUUCGCUCAGCACCAGGUACUAGUACUUCAUCCUAUGGGACGAGUUGGAAAAAGUACUGCUAUACUCGGCUCCUGGUUUCUCAUCAGGGAGCUGAGGAUUGAUUUCGGUUGGACAGUGAGUGAAAGCAAAGCGAAACAAACAAAGGGAAAGCAAAUUGAGCUCUGGUGACUAUUUGUGUUUGUGCUAUUGAUAUGUCAUUCACGCUAUGAGUAUGAUUCGUUUGUGUACAGAGAGAUGCUUUUCUCGUCACCAAGAUGCGAAAUUGUAUUUCUUUGUCCGUGCAACUACGCUAAGGUGCCGGCGCCCCCACAUUCCGCUCUCGGUGCCCAUCCCGGUACGCUUCGGACUGAUUCGCAGCUCGCACACGCGGUCCGGGUUUGAGGCGGUGAAUGUGCGCCAGAUUAACGGGAUGCCGGUUCCGAUCCACAUCUAUGUGAAGGAGCUCUGCACCUUUCAGUAUUAUGACGAUGGAGAGGACCACGUCGAGCAGCUGCCAGGAGUCAGUAGUACUGCAACCGGAUUCUCGCAGAGCAGUAGAGGUGCGGUUGGAGCAGCCGGUCCCUGGACUACCGCGCCGCGCAAACAUCGAUUUCUUCAGCAACUACCCGCUCACGAAAUAAACGGCAGAAAAAUGCAGCAGGAUAAAACUCCGUUCCACGUCGAAGACCACGGGCGAAACGCGUUUCCAGGGGCCGCCGGCCUAUGGGGUCCUUGGCCAGUGCAGGAGGCGCUCGACGACAUUACUGCGGCUGACGACGACAAGAUGGAUGUGGAUCUUCUCAAGGAAGAAGACAAAAGAGAAGUUGCACUGAAUUUACAACCGGGCCGCGCGGGCCACCCCGAUCGAUUGGUUUAUCUGCCAGAUAACGAAGAUGAGGAUAAGGACCGUUCCGCAUUCAUGCCGCUUUCUUACUCACGGAACGCCGGGCUACUUCAGCUCGUCUGAGAUCCCGAAAAGAUCCUAUCAAGAUAUUCAGGAGCAUUUUCCAGUGGAAUUCGGUCGGGCAUGGGGCCACUUUCCGGAGUUCACGGCCGCCGCCUUCAUUCUCAAAAGCUCCGAUCAAAUGCCGAUCAAGGUCCUCUCGGAUGCCACUUUUUUUGCGCCGCCAAAUCCAUCGAUUCUAGUCGUGGGAGAGGCCAGGAGAAGCGGCAAAAAAAGUGUCCUCUGGACAGGAUCUUAAUCGGAACUUGAUCGGAACUUUAUCGGAUCUUGAACGGAACUUUUUAGGAACUUUUUUCUCGCCUCUGACGCUUUUGCCAUACCGCCGUGAUUGGAGACUUUGAACCUUGGUCGGAUCCUUGGUCGGAUCUUUUGUUUGGGGUUGCAGAAGUGGCCUCUCUACCCUUGAAACCAGGGCUGUUUCUUUGAUUUAACAAAUUCAGCGGAUUCGUUUUUGAAUCAAAAAAAAAACUCGCUUUGGGGCUAGUGCGCCGUCUUUUGGUGGACCAUUUCCGACCUGGCCUUGCCCUCGGGCUCGGGUAUUUCUGGCCCAUGGAAGCGGGAUGGACCCUGCGGACGGGGGCAUGCAAUUCCGUCCAUUGCCGGGCCCCAGAUUGUUCCGCGUCGUGCCAGGGCUUUUACAACCGCGCGACCACUCGCUCGCCCUUGUUGGGUGUGGGCAUUCGUCACUCCCAGCGAGCUAGCACCUGCGGCACCGCCCGUGGGGCGUCUGGUCCUUUCUCACAUCUAUCAUGCCAUCGUGUAACGCGCGUUACACGAGCGGUCUAUGCUUCCCGUUCGUCUGCAAGUUGUCGCAGAGGCUACAGAGGGGCGGGCGCUCCGAAUCUUUCCGACCCCUCCCCCUGGAGUGUCGAGGGUGAUCUUUCCAGGAUCUUAAUGGGACCUCAGGGCGUCGUCUGUGGCCCGUCGUGCCGCCAGUAACUUUCUGAGGACAAGGACCGUUCCGCAUUCAUGCCGCUUUCUGAGGAGCACGGAGUAGGAAGUGACUAUAUACCCAAACCGGCGUGUUUGGAUUUCGCCGGUUUAUUGAAAUUUCCUCGAUAAGUAUUGAGUCGCCACUCUUAUCUAUCCCACGAAAAAAGUGCUAUACAGUUACACACUUGUAGUGAAUUCAGUUCAGCAACACAAAUUUCUUUGCAUGAGAGAAAACCUGUAAUGCAGAAAUCCUACGGGAAAACACAUACGAAAUGAGGCUCCUAUGUAUAUCCGGCAUGCCAGAGCUUGUCUGUCUUGCUUGGCCUGCAACGCAGUGUGUAACUGUGCAACUUUUUUCUUGCAAUGUUAUCCAAUUUGUCGGUCCUGCUGCUGUGCAUGUUGGGUCAAAACACCCAACCUGCGAAAUUUAAUUUUCUGAGCCCGCUUUUUCACAAAAUAAAACUUUCGCAACAUGUUGCCCCUCAGCUGAAAAUCGCAAACAGAAUCCGAAUUCCCCCAAAACAAAUUAACCUCAGAGCCGCGGUUUCGCCUUCGGGCCCCGCUUCGUUGUGGCCCGGGUGUCGUAGGGGUAGGCCCCCCACGACAUAUUCCGACUGCCCGCGCGCGAUGGUGUGCGUGGCAGUUGCUUGGGUUUUUCUGUGUUACGUCACCAGGCCAGAGAUGGCUACUUGGUUUCAUUUUUGGAACCCUUCCGAUGUUGAUUGUUUUCAUUUUCCGGAUUAGACAGAGACUGUCUUCCGACUUUGAUAGAGACGCGCAGGGAGCUGAUAACUCAGCGAAUGGCUGUGCCCUGGCGGCCAUGUCAGCGAUGCGGGAAAGAGCCAGAAGCUAACCGAUGUCGAUUACUCUUUUUGUAGUUGUGCCAGAGAAUGGGAAUACAGCGAAAGAAGUAGGGGCAUGGUGAGCUUCGCUGGCGCAGGCGCUGAGGUGGGGAGGGGAUUUGGAGGCGCGGCGUAUGUUCAUAUAGGUGGCGUUUCGUAUCAAUAUCUAUUGAGGAUUUUUCAAUAUUUCGAACAAUGCAAACACGCAUGUUUGGCGAAUAGAGGAUAAGGACCGUUCCGCAUUCAUGCCGCUUUCUGAGGAGCACGGAGAAAUCAGCACAGCCACGGGGCAGAACUCGAUAGAAGAGGAGCCCGAGCCGACGCCAAUGAUACCUUCGGUACUUUUUAUUGUAAAUGAUUGAAGAAGUUGAGCUUGAAGUUGAUCUGAUUGCGUACUUAGUUAUUUCUCAUGCAGAAGCUUCAAUAUCAAAUGCCAAAGAACAAAGUGAGGAACUUAACUUCGUCGUUGUGUUGGCUGUAAAGCUAAUAUAAACUAGAUGAAGUUCUUGAACUUGAAGAUAACUAACACUAUCGCCAGGGUUGCCCUACCCCAGAGGAAGUGUAUUUUUCCACCACCACGGAGCGGCACAGCCCGCAGUCCCACGGGCAGCUGGCACAGGGCCUAUCCGCUCGGUUGGCGCUUUUGAAGAGCCAAGGCGGAGCGAGAGACGAAUUCAUAACAAGAGCGGGUGGUGGUGGUUCAGAUUACGUGGUAGCAGAGCACCAGCCCGGCGGUGAUUUGCAUGUUUCGCGCGGAGGUCCGUGCGCAGCAAGCGUUGGUGGAGCUUCCGAUAGUGCUAGCGUCGCAACCAGGUCGUGGACUGCAGCUCAGCAGGAGACCACGAGAAGUCAGCAGAUCCGAAACGCGGAUGGAGAUGACCGAGGAGACCGCACGACGCCGCUUCUUUCCCGAGGAGGACGAGGAGGACUGGAUAUCCAGUCGCCAGCAUCCAAUUGCGUCGCCACUGCGGUGUCAAUCGGUGGGGAUAAUGUGGCUCUGCUUCGGCCAACGAGCAGCUCAACAGCACAUCACGUGACCGGAAGCGGACUUUUGCCGUGUGGUACUAGUUUUUUCGGGCAGAAUUGCUGUGUGCUUGAUGGCUCUUCGAUGGCGGCAAGAAGUGCGAUAAACCAAGCCACUGCUGCGCAAUGGUUUCAAAGUGGAAUCAUGACCGCCGCUGCAGCGAUGUCCGCAUAUCAAGCAGCUGCGCAGCAGAACAUGCAAUUUGCCACGGCGGGAACAGGCGGUGUUGUGCAACAGUCAGGUGGUCCUGUCUCGCCGAGCGUUUCUUUGGGCGGAACUUCCGGAACGCCUACAGCUGCAACCAGGACCCCUAGCAAGGAGUAUUGUUACAACAGCCCGCAGCAUCGGACUUCAUCCCUAUCGCUUCCCGGUUCUGCAGACGACGCUGCUGGCCGUCCGGCGAUGGACGUCGCGAACGGCAAUCGGUUCGGUCUCAACCAUUCAUCUCCGAUUCACGCGACAGGAUCUCCCACGACUUCGUCGCCCAGCUCGUCCUAUGCGUGGAAUGGGUCUACUUCCCUUCUUGCGCCGCCGCCCUACGCAGCUCCCGGCAGCCCGGCCGGAAGUUUAUUUGGGUCACCGAUCGCGCUCGCGGGAGGCGGCGCCGCGGCCCACAGUCCUCCUCCAUUUGGAGUGUGGCCGACCAGUCCGCAGGCAGCACAUGGUGCAGGGCAACAUGCCAAUCACCAAGUAAUGUGGGUCCCAGUUCCGGUCGUGCAAAUGCCACUAUCGCCCAUGGCCCAACAGCCAGGACGAGGGAACUAUCCGAACACCCCUGGGAUUCAGCCCGCGGCAAGCGGCCUGUAGGAAAAACUGGUUGAGGGUGUUUGCGCAGGUUUAGGGUGUUUGAAGCAUUAUUUCAUGAUGAUAGUAGAUGUAGAUAUGAUAUCGUUUUCGUUUAAUUCUUCGAUUGGAAAAAUGCAAACUUUUCUUUGAGUUCCAUAACAAUUAACAAGCUUCAACAAAGUCCGGCUAAAGCGAUGGCCGACGGUUGCAAACGAAAGUUGGGUGCAAGGUGAAGAAGGACGCAAUAAGAAUAUAGGCCUACUUAUAUACUACAAUGUCAAUGUCUGUAGAAAAUUUUGGCGCGCAAGAAUUUACGUUAACCUAAACCAAAAACUUUUCGUUGAACUAUAACGUAAUGCGUUGAGAACACUGCAGCAUUUCUUCCUCGGGUCUCGGGUCAAUUAAGUACCCUUCAUCUGCUGAUGCAGCAGAGAAACUAUAAAAUUAGCAGGAAUUGAGCCCCGACGUUUUUGCCCAAUAGUCCCUGAGAAUACAAGAUACCGCUUGCGCUUGGUUCAUAGCGAAAGUGUGAGCAAAAUUUAGGUGUAUCUAAUGUGUGUAUGUUUCCGAGCAUGUUGUACAGGUUCGUGUCAUCGAUCAAUCGGAU